CUUCUCUGUUAUCAAAUGAAAAGCCUGUUUCUGGAAGGGUGGUCCUGGCCUGCAGGCGUUGAUAAUGGACGCAGCGGCCGGUCAGGCAAUAGAGUGAGUGUACGUGAAAGCCGUUGCUGGUGUUUGAGUGCGUGCUCACGUCUCCUCAAAUGAGCUUCUGCCGGCCGAGUCGGUGAACCGGGAAAAAGGGGUUAAAUCGUUCAACCGACCAGUUGUCAUGUGGGGGCAUGAGCUGGAAGACUGGAGGUAAUGAGAGAGGUUUGGAGAGCGGCCCGCGGCCUGAUCGGCAGCUGAAGAUGAUACUGGACUUUUUAGGGAGCGGUCAUAAGCGGUACGGAGGAGACGUGGAGGAAGUCGUCGUUCGACACAUUUGGUUGAUUCUUUAACUGUUUUAGUGGUGCGGACAUCAUAAUGUGUCAUUUUCCACCAUGUCGGCAUCUCUGCUAAAGCAAGGCAGACCAAAAUAAAGGUCCAGGAUGCUGAGACGAGAAUGAAUUCUCCGAGGCGUCCUGGUGUCUUUGCUGCUGUCCUUCCACCACAGUCCUUUGGUCCGACCGGGACCUAAUCGGUCUCCCCCCGCCCCUAACGGUGGACGUCCAACAGGAAGGACGUGAUCGGACCCGUAACUAUGCCUGGAUGGAGGUCUCAGUGGCAUCUCGUCCUCCUGAACUCGCUCACGUGUGGCCUGGAGAUCUGUGUGGCCGCUGGGAUCACAUAUGUGCCCCCGCUGCUGCUGGAGGCCGGGGUGGAGGAGCGCUACAUGACCAUGGUGUUGGGUAUCGGUCCGGUCCUCGGCCUCCUGUUCAUCCCUCUGAUUGGCUCGGCCAGCGACCACUGCAACAGCUCUUACGGCCGGAGGCGGCCGUUCAUCUGGCUCUUUUCUCUGGGCGUGCUCGUGGCUCUCCUAAUCAUCCCUCACGCCGACAACCUGGCAGCCUGGCUGUCCUGGAGAGGCCGAACCUUUCAGGUGGGGUUCCUCAUCCUGGGGGUGGGGCUCCUGGACUUCUGCGGUCAGGUGUGCUUCACGCCGCUGGAGGCGCUCCUGUCCGACCUCUACCGUGACGAGGAGGACUGCGGUCAGGCCUUCGCCAUGUUCUCCUUCAUGGUCAGCUUGGGGGGCUGCGUGGGAUACCUGCUGCCUGCGCUGGACUGGAGCAGCGGCGUGCUGUCCGUUUACCUCGGCGGCCAGGCCGAGUGCCUCUUCUCGCUCCUCAUCCUCAUCUUCGUGUCCAGCGUGCUCAUCACCAUGACGGUGUCGGAGGAGCCCGUCCACGGCGCCAGCGCGGCGAAUCUCGCCUCUCCGCUGGAACCGGGGAGCGGCGCGGCCGAGGCCGGCCACUGCAGCGCCCCCCGCUGGUGCUGUCACCCGCUGAGGCGCAAGCCCAGGCUGCUGAAGGCGGGGCCUCUGCUCUGCUUCCUGAGGACCUGCUGGGUCAUGACGCCGGCCAUCUUCCGGAGCUACUGCCACGUCCCCCGCGUGAUGAAGCAGCUGUGCGCGGCUCAGCUCUGCAGCUGGAUGGCCGUCAUGUCCUUCAUGCUCUUCUACACCGACUUCGUGGGGGAAGGACUGUACGAGGGCGUGCCGAGCGCAUCGCCGGGGAGUGCGUCCAGGCAGCGAUACGAUGAAGGGAUCCGUGUGGGCAGUCUGGGCCUGUUCCUGCAGUGUGCUACCUCCACCUUCUUCUCUCUCAUCAUGAGGCGUCUGGUUCGCCACUUCGGUUCCCGAUGGGUCUACCUGAGCAGCAUGUCCAGCUUCACCGUCUCCGCGUUGGUCAUCUGCUUGUCCAAAAGCGUGGUUGUGGUCACCGCCAUGACAUCACUCACGGGCUACGCUUACGCCACGCUGCAGACUCUGCCUUACACUCUCACCUGCCAUUACCACAAGGAGAAGGAGGUCUACAUGCCAAAGAGAAUCGCCAAAAACAAGCGUGAGAAUGGAGUAACGGCCAAGCGGGAUUCUGGGUAUUUGACUGCUGUGAGAGAGGAGGAGGAGGAGGAGGAGGAUGAAGAGGGCGGCGGUUUGAACCCUAAAAAGAGGUCUCCGGAUCAGCAGCCCCUCUUCAGCCCCGCCUCUUUCCAACAGAACGGCCCGCCUAACCACCCCGGCGCCGCUGAGCCGGACGAGGCCGAGUCGGCAUUCGAGAGGCGCGGCGUGGGGCUGGACUUCGCCAUCCUAGACAGCACCUUCCUCCUCUCUCAGGUGUUCCCCUCCCUCUUCAUGGGGAUGAUCGUGCAGUUUUCCCGCUCCGUCACCGCCUACAUCGCCUGCUCCGCCAUCUUUGGCGCUGUGGCCAUCUACCUAGCCAAUCACAUCGUCUUUGACCAAAAAGACCUCAGCCGCUGAGACGUUCAGACGAUGGCGUCAGGAUCCUGAAGCUGCUACAGACGGGGCGCGGCGAUGCACUCCUGUUCCUCCGAGGAACUCGGCUCGUUUUUACCUUUGGAUUGUUGGGAAGAAGUUUCUGUUCGACCGCUGGGUGACGUGCCGUUUACAAGUGAACAUGUCGCCCUCAGCCAUUGACUGUAUAUGAUAACUGGACCCAGUAACUCCUCCCCCCUCAUGUUCCAAACAGGCUCCAAGAAGCCAAACUCUAUUGGUCAGAGAAACCAUUGUUGAUCAUUCUUUUCCUUUUUACAUGUUUGAAAAUCCUUUUUUUUCUUUGUAUUUUUCCUGCAGUUCAAUUUAUAAAAUGGCCAGUCAGAUGCCUCAAAAAAAGUAGGUGGAGUUUACAGGCCCCCACGUCCAAGUAUAGACUAUAAUCACUGGACAGCUUGACUCCUCCCCCCUUGUGCUCCAAACAGGAAGUGGUUCCAAGAAGCCAAAAUCCCAUAGACUUCACGUUAUAACCUGGCCAAUCAGGUGCUUUAAUGAAAGUAGGCGGAGCCUACUGCCUCCCACAUCCAAUGUUCGAAACAGAUUUCAUGUAACCCACCUUAGGGGUGUGACCUUCCAAUCUCUCUCCUGAUUGGUGAGGGUGGUUGCCAUAGAAACAUUAACUCUGACCAAUCACUGCUUGUCGGCUCCAACAUGUCGGCGUCUUUUUUGCCAAAAAGUAGCAACUGAAGUGACGUAGCCAGAAGAGUGACAUCACUCGCUCAGUCCAGUUCUCAUAUACAGUCAGUGACCUCAGCUGUGCGUGCAGGUCAGACGGCUGAAAGGUGUUGAAGUCAUUUUUAUGACGUAUUUGUUGCCCAUCUUCAGACAAAAAACUGUAAACUUUUCUUUCCAAAAUAACUUCCUCCUGAGCUCUCCACACUUUAAAAUCUCAGAUAGUUUUGCUCCGUUUUUAAUUUUAGAAUGGUGAUGACUUCUUUAAAAAAACUCCAGCUCCAUAUGCAGUAUCCUACAUUUCCCAUAAUGCUUAGCUGUAGCAUCCCUCAUCAGACACCCUUAAUGCAGCGACUUGAAGUUCUGGUUUCAAAUUUGAAAUGUUGUUCAGGUUCGAUGUUUUUGAACUUGGAUGCUCUCCACGACGAGUAAACCGUUUCUGUAGCUGCACUGAUGUCAUGCUGGAGUUCAUCAUCACUUUAGUUGAUCCCUGUUAACAAAUAGUGCCAUCUGUAGACAAUAUUUUUAUACACACAAACACACAUUUAUUGAUCCCUAUGGGAGUGUAAUUAGGCAGCCUGUUGAGGCGUAAACAUGGCGGCCGAGGCAGAAAACUCCGUCAGUUACUCAGACUAUUUAAAACAAUAUCUUUAGUUUUUUAGCCUCCAACCUGCUCAGAAAAACCACCUUCUGUAAACUCUUCAGAGAAUAUUUAAUUUAUAACAAUCUAAACCACAAGUGUCAAAGUCAAGGCCCGGGGGCCGGAUCCGGCCCUCCGAGUAAUUCUAUCCGGCCCUCCAGAUCAUUUUAUUGUUAUUAAUGACCCGAUGU